AGAGUGUAUUUCCGCUUCCGGUGAGCCUCGCUGUGGUCCCUGCGGUUGGCGGCCGUGUGUCUCCGCCAUAUUGUCUCUGUGAUCCCGGCGGGAGCGGCGGCCGCGGGGAGCAGGAAGAGCAGUGAGACGCCUCCUUUCCCCUUGCAGUGAGACGCCUCCUUUUGCCACCCACCGGUUUUGGGUCUACAAACGCUCUGCCUGUCUCUGGCCGCCAAGCUAUCUGCCAUGUCAGGACCUGUGCCAAGCCGGGCCCGUGUCUACACGGAUGUGAACACGCACAGACCCCGGGAGUAUUGGGACUACGAGUCGCACGUGGUGGAGUGGGGGAACCAGGAUGAUUAUCAGUUGGUGAGGAAACUCGGUCGGGGCAAAUACAGUGAAGUCUUUGAAGCCAUUAACAUCACCAACAAUGAAAAAGUUGUGGUCAAAAUUCUCAAGCCUGUGAAGAAGAAGAAAAUUAAGCGUGAAAUAAAGAUCCUGGAGAACCUGCGGGGCGGCCCCAACAUCAUCACCCUGGCAGAUAUAGUGAAAGACCCCGUGUCCAGAACGCCAGCACUCGUCUUCGAACACGUCAACAAUACAGAUUUUAAGCAGUUAUAUCAGACUCUGACGGACUACGACAUUAGAUUCUACAUGUAUGAAAUUCUUAAGGCACUGGAUUAUUGCCACAGUAUGGGUAUAAUGCACAGGGACGUGAAGCCUCAUAAUGUAAUGAUUGACCAUGAGCACAGAAAGCUGCGUCUCAUAGACUGGGGCCUGGCCGAAUUCUACCACCCCGGGCAGGAGUACAACGUCCGCGUCGCUUCCCGAUACUUCAAGGGGCCGGAGCUGCUUGUGGAUUACCAAAUGUACGACUACAGCCUGGACAUGUGGAGCCUGGGGUGCAUGCUGGCCAGUAUGAUCUUCAGAAAAGAGCCAUUCUUCCAUGGGCACGAUAACUACGACCAGCUGGUGAGAAUAGCCAAGGUGCUGGGCACAGAAGACCUAUAUGACUACAUUGACAAGUACAACAUAGAACUGGAUCCACGUUUCAAUGAUAUCCUGGGCAGGCACUCACGCAAAAGGUGGGAGAGAUUUGUACACAGUGAGAACCAACAUCUGGUCAGUCCUGAGGCCCUGGACUUCCUGGACAAGCUGCUGCGAUACGACCACCAGACCCGACUGACUGCCCGCGAAGCCAUGGACCACCCAUACUUCUACCCCAUCGUAAAGGACCAGUCCCGGAUGGGCGGCUCUAACAUGCCCAGCGGCAGCACCCCCGUCAGUAGCGCCAGUAUGAUGUCAGGUCAGUCCCGGUCCAGUGUCCGUGACAAGUCAGGGAUCUCUGCGGUGCCAACCCCUUCUGCCCUGGGCUCUCUCGCCGGAUCUCCCGUUAUCUCUGCUACCAACACCCUGGGGACCCCCGUCGCUGCUGCAGCUGGAGCCACCCAGUAGGAGGCAUCACAGUUGACCCCUUGGCCCAUCUCCCUAAUUUACCUCCCACCUGAUGUGUGGAAGGAGGGGGCCCCCCAGAGAUUGGAAGCCCCCUGGACGCGCCGUGUCUGAGCAGUUGCUUGUGGAUUUAUAGUAGUUCUGUCAUAUAUAUAUAUACAUACAUAUAUAUAUAUAAAAAUAUUAUUAUAGGCUGAAUCAUUUUUUUUUUUUACUUUGUUACUUAGCUCCUGGUCACAUGAUCACAAGCGGCUCUUGUGUCUGGGAUGGGGUUUCUGGCCCCGGGCUGUCCCCGUAUGCCGGGGACGUGCCGCCGGCCAGAUGUACCUACAGAUGAUUUGUUUGUUUUUGGUUUUUUUUUUUUAUUAUUAUUGCAGGUUCUCACGAGCCUGAUUGCCCCCCCCCCCCAGAGUCUCAUUGUUCCAAGUGCUGCAGAAGCCAUGAUCUUUCUUUGCCCCCCCCCCCCCCCCCCCCCCGUCACUCAUGGAAGGCACAAUUAAUUGGGUGCAUUGAUGGAAUUAGUGUUGCCCUUAUUACCCCAACCAAAGCCAGGCCUGUCUGUGUGGGAUGAGCCAUACACGGGCUGCAAUGAGAUCUGCAUGAUGGGGCAAGCUGAGGUUCUUUUCUACCCCCCCCCCCCCCGCCCCAAUGUGCCAUUCUGGGAGGGACUAGACACCCGAUUCUUGUUACUGUCCCAGAAAUGCCACCCCAACUACUUCUUGCCCUUACAGCUAGGCGCUGCCUCCAUGUGUCCCUGUGACAUUCCCACCCCUUUCCCUGCUGGGAGGCGGCUUGCUGAGGUACCGCCCCUCACUCACCUUCAUGGACAAGACCUGAUGUUUCCUGUCUCUCCGCCCCUCUAACUGCACCCCCCCCCCCCCGUCUCUCUCCCCCUCUUUUUAAUUUUCCACGCCUGCCCCCCCCCCAGCAAGGAGCUGUCUCAGUAACACAGAAAUGCUUUUCUCCUUCACAUGUGACAGAUCUAAUGUUGGAACUAUUUGGUGUAAAUAAACAUGGUUUUAUUUAUCAA